UUGUUACCUAGCUACCUCUGUUUCCUUAGACAGUCCGGAGUUGGUCGAGUCCUCAUCCGGUUGCGGGCUUUCAAGAGGGCUGCAAUGGAUCUAGAGCGGGGCUCAGUAGCCCCUCGGGAUGUAGAUAAUACAGCCAAGAAGGAAGUUCAGCUGCGGGUAAACCCGUUGGAGCUGAAGUUCCAGGAUGCAGUAUCUGGGAAAGUGUACCGCCUCCCACUUACAGUACACAAUUUGGGCCGUUGGAAUCAGAAGAUCAGGUUUCAAGAGCCAUCGAAGCCACAGUUCAAAUUGUUGUUGACCAGUCUGGAUAAGGAGCUAGCUUCUGGCCUUCAGAUGACAGCAAUGGUGGAAUAUCAUCCUAAUAAAAAUGAAGACACGUUUGAUCAUAUCUUUAUUUCUGUAGGAAAUAAAGUCCUGGAUAUUCCUCUAAUUGGGCUGAUUCCAGUCUGUCGACUGGAAAUUGUGCCAGUAGUUGAUUUUGGCACAUUGGUUGCCAAUAGUAAAGUGCAUUGUAAAGAGAUUACUAUUAUUAACCGUGGCAAAGCUCCAGGGAUGUUUAAAACAGAUUACCAGGGUCAGUUACCUAUUGUCAUUUCUCCAAGUAGUGGUAUUGUAAAGGCUAAAUCAUCAAUGGUCAUCAAAGUGGAUUUCUGUGCAGACCAGGCCCGAACUGUAAAUGAAGUGGCAAGAGUGAGUUUGCAAGGUCGUCCGGAAACAUUCUUGAACAUCAAAGUGCGUGUAGUUGAACAGAUAAUCGAAUUGUUUCACAUGAAUAGUGAAAGGAAAUUGGAAUGUAUACGGUUUGGUUCUGUGUUCUUUGGAACAUCAAAAAUUGAGCAUGCUCUUCUGUAUAACAAUAGCCCUGAAACUGUAAACUGGGUGGCAAUAAUGCAAGAUGAUUGUGUUGGAGAAGAGCUGGGAGCAAAUAUUCAUCAAAGGACAGAUAUUGCCUUAAAUAAUCUUUCCUACUUAAACAAAAUAAAGAAAAUAGAUAUGACCGAUUUUAUGUCCUGCGUUCCCAAUGAAGGGUCAUUACUCCCUUAUCAAAAGAUUGUCAUUACAUUUUGUUUCAGCCCAAAGCUAGUAGUUGAUAUUAAAAAGGAUGUUGGACCUUCACAUAGGCAAGACUAUGCUCUCUUUGUGAGAUUUGAUUUUGUGGGAAGUAAAGAAGGAUUUUUGAGAGAUGAUAACUCCGACACCAUGAAAAGUAAUCGACUUCAAAAAGUGGAAUUAGCACUGACAGGGUCUGGACUUCCUGUCAUAUUACAGUUUGAUCCAGGAAAAGCACUUACGUUUGCACCUUGUCAUAUGGGUGAACAUUCAGAUAUUCUGUGCAUUGUAAAAAAUCAGUCCAUAUCACUUCCUGUGAUGUACCAUUUUCAAAAAACUGCACACUUUAAAAUGGAUCCUGAAAGGGGCAAAAUUGAUGAAGGAUGUAUUCAGAAUGUGAUAUGCUCAUUCGUUCCACAUCAAAUUGGAGUAUUUAGAGUAAAGCAAGUGAUCGAGAUCAUUGGACCAGUGGCAGAUGAUAAUUUACAGUCUUUGUCAAUGAAACCUUUUCAUUAUAUACAUUUAGAAUUCAACAGUACUUGCAAAGCUUACACUAAGAAAGUUGGGGUGAAAAUUAAUCCUGGUAUAUCACCCUUGGUCAGUAAUCCCACAAAACAUUUUGUGGCCAAAGAUUCAGAGAAAAAGGAAGAUCUUCUACCUGUUGCUGCAAUGCUCCGGUCAACAGCAACGAACCUUCAUAAUCAUUGUUCAAAUGAUGAGUCAAUGAAGAAUGCACUGAUUGCUUUUCCUAAUGAUAGAGCUGCAAGUAUCAGAUGUGGAGACCACCAUGAGCAUUUCAGAACAAUUUUCACAAAGAUGCCAAGGUAUGAUUAUACAGAUCCUGAUUAUGAAUACACUGAUUUGGAAAAACUGGAAAGAAAAGCACAUCGAGAUUACUACACAAACUAUAUUAACAAUUUAAGAACUGUACGCCUACACAAAGAAGCACUGAGGGAACGCAAGUUACUAGUUAAUGAAGUAGAUAUUGGCAUGCAGCCAUCAUCUGGUCUAAGGUCACCAUCACUAUCUCAAUCAGAAAUAGAAGAAAUACCUUCUUCUUCAAAAACUUCUGUCAAAGCUAAAAGAUUGUUGAGCACCAAGAAAAUAGCAUCCAGAGAGUCAGAAUCUCUGCAGAGAAAGAUCAGCAGAGGGCUUAAAUCGAAGCCAACUACUCACCAAGAAAAACAUGACUGCAGCAAAGUUUUGACACCAAAGCAAAUUCAUCAAGUAAUAGUUGGACCAUCUGUCCUUAAUUUUGGUAAUGUUUGUGUGAAAUCUACAAAUACUCAGCUACUUCAUAUUGUUAAUAUGUUGCCCAUGUAUAUAUUGAUCCAGUUAGAUAUUGAUUUGGAAGAACUUCAGAAAACCAACCAAUUUUCAUACGUGAUCCCACCUACAUCUAGUACAUAUAUUUCGAUGGUAUUUGAAUCUUCCAUCCAUGGAAAGUUUUGGAAAUCAUUCACCUUUAAAAUUAAUAACAUAACUGGUGGACACAUCCUAGUUAUGGCUGUCAUCCUUCCUGUAAAACUUGAGCUGUCUUCUAAUGAGAUUGUUUUGAGACCACAGUCCUUCUUGUUGAAAACAUGUUUUCGUGGUACAGUUAGGCUAUAUAAUCAUCUGAAUUGUCCUGCUGAAUUUGGAUGGAAACCAGUAGCUACACUGAGAGGAAUUGCAUUUACUAUUCGUCCAGCCAAAGGCAUUGUUGAUCCCUAUUGCUCAUUGGAAUGUGAAGUUAACUGGCUGCCAGGUUUUAGUUCUCCAGACAGGGGAGAAUUUUUGCUACAAGUCUCUGGAGGAAAUACUUUGACACUGAAGUGUAUUGCACAUGUUGGUCACACUAGAGUCACAUUUUUAGAGCCGAGAAUACUGUUCAGUAAUUGUUCUCAAGGUUUAACUACUUGGAGGAAAGCCAUUCUUCAUAACAUAGGGCAAAACCAUGCUUAUUUCAAGGUUUGUGAUCAAAGCCUUUUGUCUACCAUUAAUAUUGUUCCAUCAGAAGGAAUAAUUCCAUUUGGGGGAAUAACUGUUCUUAACAUCUCCUGUACACCCACUGUAGCAGAAAAGUUUGAUACAAGAGCAAAGGUUGCUAUUCACCAUGCAAAUGUCAUAGAUCUUAGGAUUGGUGGAUCUGUUGAAAUUGCUGAUGUUGAAAUCACACCUAACACAUUUAAUUUCAGCGGUACCUAUGUUGGCACUACAGACAUUAUUACAUUUGUAAUAAGAAACAAAGGUGUGACACGUGCCAAAGUUGAGUUCAAUUUAAAAGAAUUUCCACUUUUCGCAAUGGAUUUUAAGGGAAAUGCAGGGGAGUGCAAAAAUGUGGAAGGUCCUUAUAUGUAUGGAAUAGAGAUAGAAGAAGGCACAUCUGUGGAAUGUGGCAUAACAUUUUCCCCUGUAGAAGUGGCAACAUAUGAUUUUAGCUUUCCAGUCCAUAUUAAUUCCUUUAAGGCUUCAGAUCUCUACUGUGAAUAUUUGUCACAGCAAAAGGUUUUGAUGCCAAGAGUAUCACCACUUAUUUCACCAUGCUUUGUUCAAGCUACUGUGUUGCGUGCACCAUUGGAUUUAUCUAGCACUGAGUUUCUCUUUAAAAUCCCAUUAUUUGAGCUUCAGCAUAAUAAGGAGGCCACAAGAAUACAGGAUCUUGUCUUACAUAAUAUUUCAAAAAAAACUGUUCUUUGGUCUUUGGAUAUUGGCAGAAUUGACAAAUAUUUCAAAAGUGGCAUAUUCAAAUUUACUGCACUGAUUGGAAGUCUGAAACCAAAUGAAAAGUAUACUAUUUCCAUACAUUUCUGUCCAAAAGAGGCCAUAACAUACCUAGCUGAUAUUGCAAUACGUUUAAAUGAUAAUUUAUUUGACUAUAGAGUAUUACAUCUGAUUGGAGAGAUACAAUUACCAAAGAUAUCUUUUGAUCCAUCAUUUAUAUGUUUUACUCCUGUACCUUUGGAUGUCACAACUGGGGUAGAUAUCAGAAUUUUGCCACAAAACUAUUUCAGUAAUUCAACUCUUCAGUUCAAUAUUCCCACCGCAAAGCUUCUUGAUGAUGAUGAAAUUCACCCGCUUACUGUGACAUUUCCAAGUGGCAGAGUCAUCAAAGGCUCUAGUACUGGAAUUAAUGAUGAGAUACCAUGUCAUCUUAGUUUCAGUUCAUCUAAGCCUGUUUCAUUUUUUGCCAAUCUUCUCUUUUGUGAUGACAGAAAUAACUGGUUCUCACUUCCAGUUACUGCAACAGCAGAAAAUUGUAUUCUUACUAUUUAUCUGUAUUUAGCAGUUCACUUGGACAAGCAGAAGGUUAUUUUAAAGAAUGAUAAAGAAGGAAAUAUUACAAAGCAUAGAGGCAGUUUCCUCAUUCCUAUGGUUUCACACAGGGAUUCCAAAUCAUUUUCUACACAAUUAAUGAAAAGGGGAUCUUUUCUGCCCAGGUUUAAUGAUUCUGAAAUUACAUGUGGGAACCUAUUUGUUGGGAUGGAAAUUUCACAUGAUCAUUUGGACUCAGAUGAAAGUAUUACUGAAAGAUUAUGUGCUAAAUAUCUGGAGAAUGAAGAAAAGAAUCAACAGUUCUUUGCACCCGAAGAAGGAUCAAAGGCUUUUGACUAUUUUCAGAAGGUUGUGAAUGCAACUCAGACAUGGUUCAGUCUCUUUGGCUGGCCAGAAGGGCCCCAUUCUCUUUCUAUUCCUGAGACAAUAAGAAGGGAUGUGCAGAAAAUACAAUUCUAUUCAUCAUCCUCACCACCCAAGAAAUUUUCCAGACAGUAUGACUUUUCCAAAUAUAAUAAGACAAUUUAUGAUGUGAUACUUCACUUGAGUGGAAAACUGCCACCUGGAAUUAACUCAAACCAGUCCUUACCAGUGGAUAACGUUGAAAGGGUGAUACAACUCCAUUCACAGCAUGCCUCACUUCUAGAUUUUAUCACUGCUCAAGGUGGAUGCAUUUCUCAUGUCCUGCCAGAAUUUUUGCUUGAACCAAGAGAUUAUAAGAAGUGGCUGGAAAUUACAACAUCCACUAAGAACACAGCUCUCUCUACACUUAAGAGAAACUAUUCUGUUAAUAUAGAUAUGGAUAAUUUUGAAGCCUGGAGUAAACGGGCGUGGACAGAUGUAUUUCUUCAGAUAUACAAGGUUACAGUUCUAUCUCGGGUAACACCACAUUGCUCCACUUCUGUGCCAGUCAUGCAUGGGGAGAAUAAAUCAAAACUCAACCCUUGUUUUGCAUCCAGCAACAUAUAUUCUAGUUCUGAAAGGAUUCUGCUUAGUUGGUUGAAUACAAACUAUGAAAAUCAACGAACUAGUAUAUGGAAAAGUCAUAAAAGUGAUGUGCCGCCUGAAAGAUGGAUCGUGAAUUUUGACUCAGACCUUCUUGAUGGCCUUGUGUUUGCUACACAGCUGGCAGCAUACUGCCCAUUUUUGAUUGAGUCUUAUUUUAUAAAUAUGUACACACGACCAAAACGUCCAGAACAGUUUUUGCACAAUUGCUUGAUUAUUAUAAACAGUCUUCGUGAAAUUGGAUUUGAUUUAAACAUACAGGCCAUCGACAUCUGUGAUCCAAACCCAGUUCUGAUGCUAAUGCUCUGUGUUUACAUGUAUGAGAGGCUCCCUACAUACCUCCCCAAGAAAGUGGUCCCAUUCACUUGUACUCUAUAUGAUGUUGUAGUGGGACAGAUAUUAUUGAAAAAUCCAAGCUUGAAGACUUUAGUGUACACGGCUACAAUUGUUGGAAGAGAUGCUAAUGACUUCUGUCUUGCUCAAACAGGGAAUGUUAUAACAAUUUCCCCAAAAAAUCAAAUUGUCCUUGCUGUGAAAUUUUUAAGUCGCUUUCUCCAUCCUGCUGAAGCUACAUUAUUAUUAAUUUCAAGACCUAAAUGUGGAAUAGGAGGCAGCACCGUGGCUUUUGCUCUAAAGGGAGAAAUACUAAAUUUUAAAGCAAUUGAUGUGCUAAAAUGUAAAUCUCCAUGUUAUCAAUGGAAAGAAGUCAUUGUGAAUGUGAAAAACCCCUUUCCAAGUGGUGGGGAUUUUCGUGUCAUUCUUGUGGAAUCCACAACACUUAUGUAUUUGCCAGCACAAGUAACUAGACCUUCAAAGGCCUCUGGGAUGCCUGAUCGCAUUAGGAGUAAUGACUAUGCUACUGAUCGCAGUUCUUCCAAUGCUGAAAAUGGCUUAAGAACAUCCAUUAAGUCUAACUUCAUCAGAGAAUUCUUCUGUUCAAUACAAACACUUUCCCUGGGACCAAAAGCAUCUUCAAGCCUGGAAGUUUACUAUCUUCCCUUUGACAUGCACAUUCGCUAUUGCGCCAUCAUCCUAAGCAACAAAGAGAUCGGAGAUUUGAUAUAUAUUAUAGAAGGAAAAGGUUUGAUACCCUUGCCUUCCAAUUUCCUUCCAAUGAAGCCUCCAAGUCCAAUUGACUACAGCAUUUCUCUAGAAGAAUAUAAGGAAGAUCCAGUUCUUUAUUUGACCUGCAAACCCCAUCAAAUCCUUGAUAUAGAACUUAAAGUACCACUGACUAAUGAAGCCAAGGAAAAGGCUUUGGCUUUUGCAGCACAGCAACAGAUGUCAAAUCUUGAAUAUGAACGAAGGGCUAUCGCUGGUACUCUGGAAAGCAGUACCAUUCGUGCAGCUGUUGCCCUCCUAGGCCUAACGAAGAUUGAGUGCCUUUUGCUCUUUAAUAUGUCAAAGUUGAAGAAGCCUAAAUCCAUUUUAUAUACAACAGAACUGAGCCUUCCUGCACAUUUCAAUAUACCCAGGAGAAUUUAUAUCCCUCAAAUUCCAGAACCUCCAGCUUUCCACAUGCAAUCUCUUGAAUUUAAACCUCAAAUUUUAUCAGAAGAACGACCAUUCCAGAAACAACUGCCAAGCACCCAAGCAGCUUUAGAAGGAACGGUUUCAAUUCCUCUACGAUUUGCUCCCCUUGGGUCUGGAAGAUACCCUUGUAAAAUUUUGUUGUUAUCAAGACAUGAUGUACGUGUGUACGUAAUUGAAGGUAUAGUAAAUGAAGAAGAACCAGAGGCUGAAUUGUUGUUUAAAACACCAGCAUUUGAACCACUUACUCAGCAUAUCCCCAUAAAAAAUGAAUCAAAGAAACUUUGGAAAUUUCAAGUUAAAAUAGAAGGAGAGUGGUUUCAUGGACCUCCAAUUUUACAUGUUGCCCCUGGUGAAACUAUACAAUAUCCUUUGACAUUCAAACCAAUUUUGGAAUGUGAAAUUAUGGGUAAACUUACUUUACAAAAUGAAGUAGAUGGCAUGGCACACAUCAUUGAAAUAGAUGGGAUUGGGACAAAACCCACAGCCUUGGACCACAUUGUUAUAGACUGCAAAGUGGGAAAUGUGACAGAUAAAUCCAUAAUAGUGCCUAAUUAUACAAAAAGUCUCCUGACAUUUAAGGUAACUUCAGAUCUCUCAAUAGUGUGGGGAAAUUCCUUUAUCACUAUAGAACCUGACAACUCAAUUCCAUAUACUCUCCAUGUGUGCCCUUGGAAACGUGGAGAAUUCAAAGGUGCAAUUACAUUUUCUGUUAAGAGCAGAGAUGAGGAAGAUUCUCAGGAAGACACAGAUCUGGAGAAGGACUUCUCUUCUCAGGAAACGCCAUCAGAUCGAUCUACCAUUAUUUUUGAAGAAUACUCAGAUGAAAAGGUAAAAACUCUAAAAAUCUGGUAUCAUCUUGAAAUCCAUAGCUCUCCUGGACCUCCUGUAGAUACAAUUGAACUUCAUUGUAUUGCUCUGGAGACAACAUGCAUUGAAAUUCCUAUCUCCAAUUCAAAAAAUAAACCUGUUUGUUUGGAUGUGAAAUUAACAUCUACGGCCCUUAAUGGACCAGCAGAAAUGACACUUGGUCCACUGGAAAGUGUGAACUAUGUUGUAUGGUAUUCUCCAGCAACCACAGGCUAUAAAGAAGAAAGCAUUAUUUUUCAGCCUGAAAUGGGUGAAGAAUUCUGGUAUUUACUAAAAUUAACAACUGAACUUCCAAAACCAAAGAGAAUACCAGAAAUGCAGUGUGAUCUUGGAAAAAAAAUCAUUCAGACCCUUCCUUUAUAUAAUCCUACACAUGAAACUUUAGAAUUGAAAAUACGGAACAGUAAUCCAGAAAAUUUUGUCAUGGACCUUAACAGAAAAUUACCAUUGGUCCUCCUACCUCACUCUACCACAGAGCUAUCUGUUUACUUUCAUCCAUCAGGACUUGGGAGAUAUGGUCAUGAAACGUGCAUUAACUUCUAUUGUACUCAGUUUAAAGAAUGGAAAUUCUACAUGUUUGGAGUAGGCCUAUUCCCCAGGCCUAUAGAAACAGAAAGAAUAACCACUAUUCUUGGUCUUCAGGCAUCUGUCAUGAUACAUUUCAAAAAUCCUACCAGUGAAGAUGUUUCUGUUGAUCUCAUAUUAACAAAUAAAGAAAAACCGAAGAAUCUUGCAAUUGAUCGUUGCUGGAAUAGCUUCCUCCAUGAGAAUGCUGCCUUCCGCUUUAGCUCACUGAGACGUACACAUGGAAUUGUCGUGCCUCCUAAUGGAAACUUAGAUAUCCCAGUGUUAUUUAUACCUUCGGCUAUGACAUUAUAUAAAACAAUGGUGAUUGUUAUGGUGAAGAGAGCAAACAAAAAGAAUUGGCUUAUUGACAAUUUUGAUGAACUGAAUGCAGAGACUAAGAGAUUUAUAGGCGUAGACUACGGGGAAAUUCAAGCAAUACACUGGAUGUACCCUAUCAUUGGACUUCCCCAAGCACCACCCCCUAAAAGUUCUCCAGUUGUCAUAAGAUGUCAGGCCAACAAAAGAACAGAAGAGAAAGUGGAAGUCACAAUGGUUGGUAGUUUUUUUGGUUCACGUCCAUCACCUGACUUGACAGAAUUUUUAGUUUUUCCAAAAAGAAAUUCAUCUAACAGUAUUUAUGAAGACGUUGAUGUAACUCCUAAAAGACGUGAAUUUGAGUAUGAAAUAGAAUUUGAAUCUGAAGAAACGAAGUCUAGCCUGGAGUCCACUGUAACUUUAUACUUAUUCAGAAAACAUUUCGAUGUAAAAAGUGAAUUAAUUUCAUUGGUUUUCAAUCUGGUUUUUACACCAAGGAAACCAUUCAGGGCUCAUAUCACAUUGAAAGUUGAGUGCAUAACAGAUGGAAUCUGGAAGUUUCCUAUAACAUUGAUUGCUACUGAGCCCGAAGUGGAGGAUGUCAUUAACAUCCAGGGAAUAGGUUUAUUCAAGACAUCUGUCACGGAAUUUCGACUAACAAGUCAGACAAGGUAUUAUGAGGCAUUUGAAGCCCAUUUUCUGCCAGGUAGUGAUCGAGAGUUUUUUGUAAAACCUCAUUCUGGAGAACUCCCUCCAUUUUAUACAAAAGGAAUUGUCAUCGUUGUAGGAUUUAAACCUCGAAUGUACAGUAAAAAAUAUCAAGCAACACUUGUAAUACAGACAGAUGAAAUAUAUUGGUUGUAUGAAAUAAAUGGGUUACCUCCAUCACCAAGAUCAAUGGUACAUGUAAAACCCAAAAUUGAUGCUACUAACAAGAUAUAUGACUGCAUGCCCCCAAUUCGUCACAAUUUUAUUCGUGAAAAUGCUAAACUUCGAAGCACAGGAGUAUCUUCUACUGUUAAAGGUGCUCCUUUAUUCAAAAAGCAUAAAUAAAUUUUUUAAACAUUUCUUGGUCAUAUUGAAUAAGUUGUAUUGAAUAUUUUGUUUAUUAUCUAGUUUUUUUUUAAAUUUUUUAACUCUAGCUAUAUAUAUUUUUAAUAGGAUAUAGUUAAUUUCUGGCUUAUAUUUGUGUUUAAAAUAGAGUUCAAAUACAAAUGUUGCAAUUUCUUUACAUUUGAAGUACAAGACUGAAACAUGAUUUAAUGACAAUAUUUUUAAAAACAGUUUUGAUAUUAGAUAGCAAUUUUUUACACUAAAAAGAUUAGUGAUAAAUUUUGCACAUUACAUGAAGUAUUCGUUAUUUUUCAUAAUUGAUAUUUAUAAAAACAUGUUACCUAGUGAUUUUUCCUGAUAUUUUUUUUAACUACUUUAUAUCUUUAUGACAGGCCUCUCUCUUCUCCCACUUCAGCCCAACCAUAGCGUCCAGCUAGGGAGAAAUAGAUCCAAUGGCAGGGAACAGAAAGUAAGAUAGCCUCCACUCCACUUGGUAGGUGUCUCAUAUGAAUAUCAAGCUACACAUUUGUUAGAAAUAUGUAGGGCACCUAGAUCCAGCACCUCCAUGCUCUGUGGUAGGUGGCCCAGGCUUUGGAACCCUUCAUGGCCCCAGAUUAGUUGACUCUGUAGGUCUGCUUUUGAUGUCCUUGACCACUCUAACUUGCUCAGUUCUAAUCUCCACUGUUUGACAAGACUCUCCAAGGUCCACCAGAUAUUUGUUUGUGGGGCUGUGCUUCUGCUUCCAUCUGCUACUGGAUGAAACCUCUCGGGAUACAUGUAUGAGAGGUUCCUGUGUGCAAGUAUAUCAUCUUGCCUCGCUACAGGAGGUGAUUUUUGAGUUGGUACACAUAUAUUAAUAUAUUUUCCUUAUACUUUUUAUAAUUCUAUAUUACAUUCCUGAAAUAUGUAGGUAUAUCUCAAUAUGAAAAAGAAGCAUCUUUAAAAUAUAUUUACAUUUUUAUGUGCCUCUGUAUUAUGCAUGUGUGUGUAUGUGUGUGUGAUUCAAUGUACACCAUGUGUACAAGAACCUAUGGAAGCCAAAAGAGUGCAUUAGAUUACUCUGGAACUGAAGUAACAGAUGGUUUUUAGCCACUAUAUGGGUGCUGGAGACUGAAUGUUGAUCCUCCGCAAAAGUAGCGAGUACUCAGUCAUCUCUGAGACAUCUCAGCAGCCUCAAUAAAACUUACUUAAAUGGAUAUCUGAAAAAUAAUCAUUUACCAAAGCAAAGCAGUAUAUUGAAACCAGGAAGAAUAUAAAAUAAACAGUCUAGGGCAUCUUGAAAAUAUUUUGACACAAAUGACUAUCUUUGUGACUAAUGGUGUGUAGUUAUCCUUUCAUUAAACUAAUUUUAUAUCUUCAAAUUAAGGAGCUAUGUGUGACCUAUGGACAAAUGUAGCAUGCCUAUCUUUUGUUUUAUUCAUACUCAAGGUCUAAUUAAGAUUAAAUUUUGUAUAUUAAUGGAUGGAAGAAUCAAUUUAAGAUUAUAUGACUGACAAAUUAUUGAGAACACACAUUUAAUUCACUAGGAAAAACUUUUAUUAAAAUAUAACACAAUAUUAUAUGUCUAUAUAUAUGCACAUAUACAUAUAUGGGGGGGAGCUUCUCACUCUGUAGCCCUGCCAAUAGUCCUGACCGUUGGUUUGCAUUCUUCUAUGUGUAGACAACCAGUUAGUCUAGCACUAUUGGCUGAAGAUAAUUUUCUUUUCCUUUUUAUGGUUUUGGCUUCUUUGACAAAAAAAGUGCCUGUAGGUGUGUACGUUUAUUUCUGGGUCUUUGAAUCAAUUGCAUUGAUCAACCUGUCUGUUUCUAUAACAGUACCAUGGAAUAUUUAUUACUAUUACCCUGGAGUACAGCUUGAGAUCAGGGACAGUGAUUUGUCCAAAAGUUCUAUUAUUCAAUAUUGUUUUAGCUAGCCUGCUUUUUUGUUUUUUUCCAUAUCAAGUUGAGAAUUGUUUUUUGAAGAUCUGUAAAGAAUUGUUUUGGAAUUUUGUUGAGAAUUGCAUUGACUCUGUAGAUUGCUUUUGGUAAGAUGGACUAUGUUAACCCCACUGAUCCAUGAGCAUGAGUGAUCUUUCCAUCUUCUGAUAUCUUUCUCAAUUUCUUUCUUCAGGGACUUGAACUUCUUGUCAUACAGGUCUUUCACUUGUUUGGUUGGAGUAACACCAAGGUAUUUUAUAUUAUUUGUGGCUAUUGUAAAGGGCAUUGUCUCCUUUACUUCUUUCUCAGCCUAUUAUCAUUUAUACACAGGAGGGAUACUAAUUUCUUUGAGUUAUUUUUUUGUGUCAAGGCACUUUGAUAAAUGUGUUUAUCGGCUGUAGGAGUUCUCUGAUAGAAUUUUAGGAUCACUUAAAUAUUAUCAUGUCAUCUUCUAAUAGUGAUACUUUGAUUUCUUCCUUUCUAAUUUGCAUGGCCUUGAUCUCUGUUAGUUGUCUUAUUGCUAGCUAGAACUUCAUGUAAUUUAUUGAAGAUAUAGUGAGAGAGUGGACAACUGUGUCUUGUUCAUGAUUUUAGGAAAAAUGCUUUCAGUUUCUCUCCUUUUAAUUUGAUGUUAGCUAUUAACUUCCUAUAUAUUGACCAUAUUAUGUUAAGUAUGCACUUUGUAUUGCUGAUUCCUUUGUAUUUACAAAACUAUGAAUAAAGGAAUUAUUUAAAUGGUA